GACUUGAUCUCUUCGAAGGGAAUGGGAAUCCGACAGCAUGUAGAGGUUGUGGAACCCAAAAAGCACCUCUCUCUCUCUCUCUCUCUCUUUGCAAUCUGUAAACCCGACGGCCGAGAAACGGCAAGGGAAUUCCAUCCUGCGUGUCCUCCCUCCGAUCCCAAACCCUCGCCUGGGGUCGUCGAGUUCCGCAGGGCGCCGCCUUUCCCUCGGUCGAUCGCUCAACAGGUGUCUCUGCCGCUGGUUUCGUUGUCUCUGUCAAGUUGAACGACCUCGAGCUCUAGAGGUUUCAUCUCAAGGGUUAUAAUCUCGGUGUCCAACGGGAAGCUCUCUCUGUUGGUCCGGGUGCUGGGCAUCUCGAGUUUGAGCUGUCUCGUUAUCUAGUCAAAGUGAACAGGUUUGCUGAACUUGGUGGUGUCUCAUGGCGUCCGGACCCGUAAAUGAGGGGACGAACAGGGGAAGUAUGUGGGAACUGGACCAGAAUCUUGAUCAACCCAUGGAUGAAGAGGCUGGCAGAUUGAGAAGUAUGUACAGAGAAAAGAAAUCCUCAGCCAUUUUGGUUAUGCGACUUGCUUUUCAGAGUCUUGGUGUUGUCUUUGGAGACUUGGGCACAUCACCAUUGUAUGUGUUCUAUAAUACAUUUCCUCAUGGGGUUGAAGAUGCAGAAGAUGUAAUCGGAGCUCUUUCUUUGAUCAUAUACUCGCUGACACUCAUACCACUUCUUAAAUAUGUUUUUGUUGUUCUGAGAGCAAAUGACAAUGGUCAGGGUGGCACGUUUGCUCUGUAUUCCCUGCUUUGCCGCCAUGCAAGAGUAAGCACCAUUCCUAACCAACAUAGAACUGAUGAACAACUGACAACAUAUAGUCGUCAUACAUAUGAUGAGAGCUCACUCGCAGCAACAGUCAAGAGAUGGUUAGAGUCGCAUGCCUAUAAAAAGAAUGCUCUUCUUAUUCUUGUACUCAUUGGCACUUGUAUGGCAAUUGGUGAUGGUAUUCUCACCCCUGUCAUCUCAGUUCUUUCUGCAUCAGGCGGCAUAAAGGUUAACCAUCCAAAGAUGAGUAAUGAUGUGGUUGUGCUCGUUGCGGUGGUCAUACUGAUUGGUUUGUUUAGCUUGCAACACUGUGGUACUGAUAAAGUUGGAUGGCUUUUUGCUCCCAUUGUGCUCCUCUGGUUUCUGUUGAUUGGAGCUAUUGGUGCUCUGAACAUAUGGAAAUAUGAUAGCUCGGUCCUGAAGGCUUUUUAUCCGAUUUACAUAUACCGAUAUUUUAGACGACGGAAGCGUGAUAGUUGGAUUUCACUUGGAGGAAUUUUGCUUAGUAUAACAGGGACAGAAGCAUUAUUUGCUGACCUGUGUCAUUUCCCUGUCCUAGCUAUUCAGAUUUCUUUCACUCUGAUUGUGUUCCCUUGUCUUCUUUUGGCAUACACUGGGCAAGCUGCAUACAUAAUUCAUCACAAUGGGCAUGUCUCUGAUGCAUUCUAUCGAUCCAUUCCAGAUGGUGUGUACUGGCCCAUGUUUAUUGUUGCAACAGCAGCAGCAAUUGUCGCUAGCCAAGCCACCAUAUCUGCCACAUUUUCCAUAAUCAAGCAAGCCCAUGCACUUGGUUGUUUUCCGAGGGUCAAAGUUGUGCACACAUCAAAGAAUUUUCUUGGUCAGAUAUAUAUUCCAGAUAUUAAUUGGGUCCUUAUGAUUCUUUGCAUAGCAGUAACUGUUGGAUUCAAAAAUCAAAGUCAGAUUGGAAACGCAUAUGGAACUGCAGUGGUGAUAGUUAUGGUGGUGACUACGUUUCUGAUGAUCCCAAUUAUGCUGUUGGUCUGGCGAAGCCAUUGGAUCCUUGUCUCCAUCUUCACCACUCUAUCCCUGUCGGUGGAGCUCCCCUACUUGUCCGCCGUGCUGUUUAAGAUAGAUCAAGGUGGCUGGGUACCUCUCGUCAUUGCUGCAGCAUUCCUCGUCGUCAUGUAUGUUUGGCAUUAUUGCACGGUCAAGCGAUACGAGCUUGAGGUGCACAGCAGAGUCUCCAUGGCAUGGAUGUUAGGCCUCGGCCCCAGCCUGGGCUUAGUCCGGGUUCCCGGGAUAGGUUUUGUGUACACGGAGCUAGCCAGUGGCGUCCCCCACAUCUUCUCCCACUUCAUCACCAACCUUCCUGCUAUCCACUCCGUCGUCGUCUUCAUCUGCAUCAAGUACCUCCCGGUCUAUACCGUGCCACUCGAAGAGCGGUUCUUGGUGAAGCGGAUAGGGCCAAAGAGCUUCCACAUGUUCCGUUGCGUCACCAGAUACGGAUACAAGGAUCUCCACAAGAAAGACGACGACUUUGAGAAGAUGCUCUUUGACAGUCUGUCCCUCUUUGUUCGACUGGAGAGCAUGAUGGAAGGAUACUCGGAUUCGGAUGAGAACAGCCUACAAGCUACACAGGUGACAGACAAAUCGAUAGCUUUAACAGCAGCGAGGGAGAAUGGAAAUUGUCACCAUCUUAUCGUACCUGCUCAAUCUCCAUGUCGAGGGAACAACAGUAUAGUGAGAUCGUCAGGGCAAACUAGCAACACGACGAGUGAUGAAUUGGAGUUCUUGAACAGGUGUAAGGAAGCCGGGGUGGUGCACAUACUUGGGAAUACAAUUGUGAGGGCACGUAGGAACUCUGGGAUCGUGAACAAGAUUGCUGUUGAUUACAUCUAUGCUUUCCUUAGGAGGGUGUGCAGGGAAAAUAGUGUGAUCUUUAAUGUUCCCCAUGAGAGCCUAUUGAAUGUAGGACAGAUGUUUUAUGUAUAGCUCAUGUUCCCAGUAAAUAAGGCUAUAUAUUCUUUUGCAUUUGCUACUUAUUUAACUUGUAAGUGUUCUUGA